AUGAGUUCAGAAGAACGACCGUAUUUUGACAGACUGACGACAUUGUCUACGAGAGCUGGUUUCAAGGAUGCCCUAAAGCGAAUCAGUUUCUAUCAUGGGGAUAUAACGCAAGCCCGAGCUAGUGGUGUUGUUAAUGCUGCUAACAAGGACAUGGAAUUCGUCAAAAGCAGUGGAAUCAAUCAAGCAUUGUAUCGCGUUGCUGGUGAUGAACUCCAAGCUGCCGGUGUAAAAUACAGAAAAACGCAUGGAAUUCUGAGGACUGGAAAUGCGAUUCGUACACCUGGAUUCAAGAGUCGUUUCAAAUUAAUCAUUCACACAGUUGGACCCAUUAUUUCUAAAAAUUGGCCAUCAGACACCGAGUUUUCUCAACUAGCUGAGUGCUAUGAUAAUUCAUUCAGAGAACUUGGAGACUAUAACGCAAUCAACGGAAAAUAUUCAAUAAAUUCGAUUGCAAUUCCAGCAAUUAGUACAGGAAUUUAUAAUUUUCCACCUGAUCCAGCUUCAACUGUUGCUCUGUCAAGAAUUGUAGAAAACUUGAUGAAGCCAGAAUUUUCUCAUGUCCGAGUGGUUUUUAGCCGUUCCGCAAAAUCACAGAAAGUAUCACGCUCUCAUGAAUACGUUUGGGUGACGUUUUCGUUUUUCUGCUUGAAUUUUUUUGUGUGUAUGAUGAAACGUCGAGAUCAAAUUUGA